GUAUGGUUUGGAUUAACACUCCUCUUUCCUGAACCUGCCAUUUAUGACUCGUAUCAAGAAAGACUCUGAUAUUCAUCUUUGAACUGCAGGCCUUUCGUCUAGAGAUGCCCCAUUACCUUCUAAGUCCCGAAAAGCACCAACUAUAAGCACGAUGGAUAGAGGCACCGACUCAUACAAGCUAUCCUCGCAAUCUCGGUCGAAACUAAACGCUUUCCGGUACGGCAAACGAGAUGGACUGAGUCCGAAUAAAACUCCCCAGAAGACUGGGUCAGAACCUGGCCAUGCGAACAAGGAAAAUCAGACAUCUUGGUUAAAUGGGGUGGUGGGAAAUGAGCGACCAGAGACAGGAAAUCAGAAACACCCAACCGAGACAAAGGAAUCAAAGACACUGAAGGAAUGCCCCCACACUCCAGGAAACCGAAUCCCUCUGGCAGAUCUGAUCAGCAAUGCAGAGGAUGCCUUUAACCAGGCUCCAAUGCAGGAACUUACCCCAGAAGACUAUGUCAUCUGGCAGCAUGUGCCUGUGAGCUCGAAUCAGGAUGGAAUGUCCCAGACCCCUGCAACAAGGAGCAAGAAGCGCCGCCACAGUUCGUCCCCGACUAGUUCUCCCCUGGCAGGGACUUCGAAAAGUAGACGAAGAGGAUCUCUCGACCUACAGAACUAUCAGGGACUUAUCAAGACCCCUCAAAAUGACCUCGCCACCGACCUAUGGAAUAGCUAUGUGAGCAAAACUCUUGCCAACGGCAAUGGAGAACUACUUCAGCCACGCCUCACAAAUCUCCUUUCUUCUUCACCCCAAACCCCAGCAUCGAUGCGUACGGGUCGGGAUUCUUCAGGUCUCAGACGAUCGAAUAGCUGCAUGGCUGAAUGGCCUAGCUCGAGAGCCAAGCGGAGACGGGUCGAUAGAGAAAAGUUCGGAACAGGACGCAGCAUAUUCUCACGGACGAGGAGUAAUGUUAUCGACUCAGGGAACCACCAGGGCCCCGAUAUCAGUUCUCUUGUGAAGAAAAUUGAGGAAACUUUGCAAAAGGUGCCCAGGCCACCGCCAGACAUCUCUGACUCGUCUCCUAUUCCAGCGCGCAACCAUGUUCGACGUAAUAGGUCGGCGUCUCCGACAGAAGAUAGAAAAGGUCCAGCACCACCUUCAAGGAAGACAAGCCAAGUGCAAGAACCUAGGGUUAUUCAUGCUGUGCCUCAAGACAGGAAACCUUUGGAAGAAUCUUCGUCUGAUUACGGGGAUGACGACUUUGACCAGGACUUCUUUGAUCUUGCAGAAGCUUCCAUUGACCCCUUUGUGGAUGCCGAUUCCCCUCACCACGGCAAUGUAGCUCCGAGCGAAAACCGUGAGAACAACAGCGCUCCGACGGAAAUCCGCCUUCCAGCACAAGAACCAAAGAAGACUGAUGUGAUGAAUACAAGAAAUGACGUGGACAGGUCGACCAAUAACGAAGACACUUUUGAUGCUGACGAGUUUGACGAUGAUUUCGAUGGCAUUUCGGAUAGUAUGGAAGAUCUUCUCGCUGAAUGUGAUAAGACUCCAAGUAUGAAACUGGCAAACCCCAUGUCUGUGGAGCCAUUGGUCCCCAAGCAAACGAUGCCCGUGGCUGGAUAUGGGAAGCUUCCUGCAGGGAAAUCUGGUUCGCUCAAUCAAACGAACAUGAGUACAGAGUCACUCUCUGGUGAUGAAUUUGACGAUGAUGGCUUAGACUUGGAGGCUAUCGAACAGUCUAUGGUGCACUCGGAAGCAGUCGGAUCAAACAAUGUUCGUCAUUUUUAAGUGGGU